GUGCAACCUACUAUUUUGCUGGAUACCAAUACUUGACCUACGGGUGCCCAUUUCUCUUUUCAACAUCCUUUCCCUCUUGACUUGUAAGUGAUGACUCUGCGUCUACUAAAACACAUUGCAGCAGCAAGACCACGUCAUCCAUAUAUUUCUUCACCGUCACUUCGACUUUCACAAUCAAGGUUAUCUUCAUCCCGUUCCCCGCCCACGAUUUCGUCUCCCACACCAGCAGAGCCUGCCAAUACCAAAACUCCCCGUGUUGCACAACCAACCGGCCAAGGGACUCGUCUUAGCUUCUGGCCUUUCCUGUUCAUCUUUUUCCUCAGCAGUGGCUCUUACGUUCUCAUUGUGAAGCGUCGAGUUGGCGAGUCCGCCGCGGUGUCUCCAGAAAAUCGCAGAAAAGCCCACACUGAGCGGUAGAGCUAAGCGCUGAGAAUGGCUGCACCCGAACCUACAUCAGGAACCUCGCCUCUGGUUCAGCCAGACCUGCCUCUCCCCUCUGCCAAUACCUCUCCCCGGUACGAUCCUCAGAAAGUCACAGUUGUCUACAUUUUGGGAGGUCCGGGAUCUGGCAAGGGCACCCAGUCAGAAUAUUUGGUGCGGGACUAUGGUUUUGUCCAUCUAUCGGCGGGGGAUCUACUAAGAGCAGAGCAAGACAACGAAAACAGUCAGUACGGGCAGCUGAUUAAAGACUACAUCAAAGAUGGUCUCAUCGUUCCAAUGGAGAUCACCGUGAAUCUGCUGUCAAAUGCAAUUGAGGACAAGCUAGGAAGCGACGGAACAGGCAAGUUCCUUGUCGAUGGAUUUCCACGAAAGUUGGAUCAGGCUCUUUUCUUCGAACAAUCCGUCUGUGUCUCGAAAUGUACCCUUUUUCUCGACUGCCCCGAAGAUGUAAUGAGGGAACGGCUGCUAAACAGAGGCAAAACCAGCGGAAGAUCCGACGACAACGAGGAGAGCAUAAUCAAACGUUUCAGGACAUUUGUCGAGACAAGUAUGCCUGUCGUGGACUUAUUCGAGAAGGAAGGCAGAGUGAUCACCGUCUCCGCGGUUGGCUCGGUAGGAGAGGUCUACGAAGGAGUCGUUGGCGGUCUUGCGUCAAAGGGGAUUGCUCCCACAAACAAAUAGUCUUGUAUCCAUCUUAGUAUCAGAAUACUCAAAUAAAGCUCAAAGGCGCUGACAAGACUAUAUUCUCAAGACAGG